GUGAGGGCGGGCCCGACGGCGCGCAGGCCGGCGCCAACCGCCCCCGCCUCCCUCCUGCGGGGUCCCGCCUCCCUCCGCCUCCGCCAGGGCGGGACCAGGCGGAUUUGGGGGCGGGAGGGGCGGGGCAAGGGGCGGAGGAUGGAGACCCGGCGGGACCUGGAAGGACCGCGGUGGCCCCGGCCCGGCAGUCGCAGGGAUGAGCACCGGGGAGGACGGCGGGCCCGAAAGCCUGGGGAGGGCCCCGGAGCUCCAGGUAGAGGCUUCGGAGGUCACCACCAAAGAACAUCGUUCUGGUCUAGGGGCUCCAGUUUCUGAAGCUGAAAAAAAACAGAAUACUCUCCAGCUAGAACAAGAAGUGAAAAACCAAGAUAAAUUUAUCUCUACACUGAAAUUACAGAUUGAAGAUCUUAAACAGACAAAUCAUGGCUUGGAAGAAUAUGUUAGGAAACUCUUGGAUACUAAGGAGGUGGUAAGCAGUCAAGUAGAUGAUUUAACCAGCCACAAUGAGCAUCUUUGUAAAGAAUUAAUUAAAAUUGACCAACUAGCAGAGCAACUAGAAGAAGAGAAAAAUUUUGUGGUGGAUACUGCGGACAAGGAACUCAAAGAAGCAAAGAUUGAACUUAUAUACCAACAAAAUAAUAUAACAGUAUUGGAAGAUACAAUAAAAAGGCUUAAAUCUAUAAUUUUAGAGACUGAAAAAGCACAAAAUAAAUCUCCUUCUAGACUUGAUUCCUUUGUCAAGACUUUAGAAGCAGACAGAGAUUACUACAAAAGUGAAGCUCAACAUUUGAGAAAAAUGCUCAGAAAUAGAUCUAAAAGCCCGAGACGCCCAUCUCCAUCUUCCCGGGGUGUCAACUGUGAUGUAGAGCUUUUGAAAUCAACAACAAGAGAUCGUGAAGAACUUAAAUGCAUGCUGGAAAAAUAUGAGCGUCAUUUGGCAGAAAUUCAGGGUAAUGUCAAGGUUCUUACAUCUGAGAGAGACAAAACCUUCCUUCUUUAUGAACAGGCACAGGAAGAAAUUGCCCGACUUCGAAGAGAAAUGAUGAAAAACUGUAAGUCUCCUAAAUCAACAACAGCACAUGCUAUUCUCCGGCGGGUGGAGACUGAGAGAGAUGUCGCCUUCACUGAUUUACGAAGAAUGACCACAGAGCGAGACAGUCUUAGAGAAAGGCUAAAGAUUGCUCAAGAGACGGCAUUUAAUGAGAAAGCCCACUUGGAACAAAGGAUAGAAGAGCUGGAGUGUACAGUUCAUAAUCUUGAUGAUGAACGGAUGGAGCAAAUGUCAAAUAUGACUUUGAUGAAGGAGACCAUAACCACUGUGGAAAAAGAAAUGAAAUCACUAGCAAGAAAAGCAAUGGAUACUGAGAGUGAACUUGGCAGACAAAAAGCAGAGAAUAAUUCUUUGAGACUUUUAUAUGAAAACACAGAAAAAGACCUUUCUGAUACUCAGCGACACCUUGCUAAGAAAAAAUAUGAACUUCAGCUUACUCAGGAGAAAAUUAUGUGCUUGGAUGAAAAGAUUGAUAAUUUUACAAGACAAAAUAUUGCACAGCGAGAAGAAAUCAGCAUUCUUGGUGCAGCCAUCAAUGAUCUGGCUAAAGAAAAGGAAUGCCUGCAAGCAUGUUUGGACAAAAAAUCUGAGAAUAUUGCAUCCCUUGGAGAGAGUUUGGCAAUGAAAGAAAAGACCAUUUCAGGCAUGAAGAAUAUCAUUGCUGAGAUGGAACAGGCAUCAAGACAGUCCACUGAAGCCCUCAUUAUGUGUGAACAAGAUAUCGCCAGGAUGCGUCGACAGCUAGAUGAAACAAACGAUGAGCUGGCUCAGAUUGCUAGGGAAAGAGAUAUCUUGGCUCAUGACAAUGACAAUCUCCAAGAGCAGUUUGGUAAAGCUAAACAAGAAAACCAGGCAUUGUCCAAAAAACUCAAUGAUACACAUAAUGAACUUAAUGACAUAAAACAGAAGGUCCAAGAUACUAAUUUGGAAGUUAACAAGCUGAAGAAUAUAUUGAAGUCUGAAGAAUCUGAGAACCGGCAAAUAAUGGAUCAACUCCGAAAAGCCAAUGAGGAUGCUGAAAACUGGGAGAAUAAGGCUCGCCAGACAGAGGCAGAUAACAAUACCCUCAAAUUGGAACUUAUCACUGCUGAAGCAGAGGGUAACAGAUUGAAAGAGAAAGUAGAUGCCCUCAACAGAGAGGUUGAGCAACACUUAAAUGCAGAAAGGUCUUACAAGUCCCAGAUUUCAACUUUACACAAAUCUCUUGUAAAGAUGGAGGAGGAGCUACAGAAGGUUCAGUUUGAAAAGGUGUCUGCCCUUGCAGAUUUGUCUUCCACAAGGGAGCUCUGUAUUAAACUUGACUCAAGCAAAGAACUUCUUAAUCGGCAGCUGGUUGCUAAGGAUCAAGAAAUAGAAAUGAUGGAAAAUGAAUUAGAUUCUGCUCGUUCUGAAAUAGAACUCCUCAGGAGUCAGAUGACAAAUGAGAGAAUCUCCAUGCAGAAUCUAGAAGCUUUGCUGGUGGCCAAUCGAGACAAAGAGUAUCAGUCUCAGAUAGCCCUUCAAGAAAAAGAAUCUGAAAUUCAGCUUCUUAAAGAACACCUUUGCUUGGCAGAAAAUAAAAUGGCCAUCCAGAGUAGAGAUGUAGCCCAGUUUAGAAACGUUGUAACACAACUGGAAGCUGAUUUAGACAUUACUAAGCGACAACUAGGGACAGAACGAUUUGAAAGGGAAAGGGCUGUCCAAGAACUUCGCCGCCAGAAUUAUUCAAGCAAUGCUUAUCAUUUGAGUUCAAUGAAGCCAAAUACAAAAUGUCAUUCACCGGAACGUGCUCACCAUAGAUCUCCUGACCGAGGCCUAGAUCGAUCCCUAGAAGAGAAUCUUUGUUAUAGAGAUUUCUGACAUGCCAAAAGAUUCUUCCCAUCCUCGGAAAGGUCAAAAUUACAGAUGGAUUUUUUUUUGCUAUAUGAUUGCAUUUAUCUUUUGAAUGCUUGACAAUGUUAAAUGUAUUUAUGAAUGUUGUGCCUCUGAGUCUCUGUUCUUGUGUGCCAUAUCGCAGUGAUCGGAGAUGACUUAUACAAACAAAAAUGCAUAUGGCUCUCUCUAUCCACACAGUAAUAGUGAGUGCACAAUCUGCUCACUUUAUUGGACACUGUUUUGUUAACUAUCCGGAGUAAAUAAAGAAGCUUAAAAAAGAGGGAAAAGUGUUUUUACAAAACUGAUUUCCUUUCCUUCCUUGGUAUCUGAAAUAACUGGUUGGUUAAAUAUUUUUCCCUUUGAUUUAUGGCAUCAUGGCUGGAGAAGUUGUGCUGCAGCAGCGCAGUUUCCCAGUAGUGGCCUAGGACUCAAUAUUGCAUUUUGGAACCAACCUGACAGAAAUUCCGUGCCAUAAACUGACUUCAAAGUAUCAGAAAAUCGGAGUGUGUCGGGAUUUUUAAUCCAUACUAUUGUACCACUCAAAGACUAACAUACAUUUUCUACAAUUGUGUGUACUCCUACUAUUUUUAGAAAGGUAGGUGAUGAUAUGUGUUAAGAAUGUAAGAUUGUUAAAAAUCUGUAUUUUAAAUAAGUUUUCUUUGAAACAUUAAAGUACUAUAGUCAACUUAAUUGCCGUUUUAUUUUUUCCCCUGGGGUGGCUGUAUGUAAUCUAAAGUAACGUGGUUCUUCCAUGUCUUCCAAAAUCUAAAUCUCUUGCUUGUCUGUAGAUUUUCAUUUGAUGAUAUAGCCUGAAUGCUACUGUAUUUUACUGGUAUUCUUGCCAUUUUAAUAAAAAUACAAGUGCUAUCAUUAAUAGUA